AUGCACCACCCUGGGUACUUCACGGAUUGUCAAAACAAAACAAAAAUAGAAGUCGAUGUGCGCGUUGCCGAGGCCACAAUCACAAUGCUGGCUGUACCGUUGUCCGGUCGAGGGGAAAGUUCGCUGGAUCCGGCCGUACUACUGGAGAUCCCUGUCGAGUCAACCCGGACCACAGAACCGGAGUUGUGUAAGUCUCCUCAAGGAUUCGCUUAA